GCGGGGCGGGCAGGUGACGAACGCCCCGGCGUUGGAGCAGCUGAGCCGGCAAGGCGACUGGGCCUAAUUGACCCCGUGGUGGUGGUGGCCCGGAGCGCAUCGGGGUUCCGUCCAGCCGGCGAGUCGCCCUUCUCCAGCCGCUCGCAGUGGUAGCUCGGACCGCCGGGGCCAGAGACUCGCGAGCGCGGCGUGUGGGAGACGGCGCGGCCCCUGGGCGUACCGUCCGGGCGGUGCUCGGUCGCCCGGGAAGCACCGGGCUAAGCGAGGAGCAGCAGGCCAGAACCUUGUAGGGCCUCGGGCCCGGGGACCCGAGGAGGAUGAGCUGGCUCUUUCCCCUGGCGAAGAGCGCGUCAUCCUCCGCGGCUGGGUCCCCUGCCGGCCUCACCAGUCUCCAGCAGCAGAAGCAGCGGCUGAUCGAGUCACUCCGGAACUCCCAUUCCAGUAUAGCUGAAAUACAAAAAGAUGUGGAAUACAGAUUGCCAUUCACAGUAAACAACCUGACAAUUAACAUUAAUAUAUUACUUCCUCCACAGUUUCCUCAGGAAAAGCCAGUGAUUAGUGUUUACCCGCCAAUCAGACAUCAUUUAAUGGAUAGUCAAGGAUUAUAUGUUACCUCUCCAUUAGUGAGCAAUUUUACAAUGCACUCAGAUCUUGGAAAAAUUAUUCAAAGUCUUUUGGAUGAGUUCUGGAAGAAUCCUCCAGUUUUAGCUCCUACUUCAACAACAUUUCCAUACCUGUAUAGUAAUCCAGGUGGGAUGCCUCCGUACCCCUCCCAGGGGUUUUCAUUUCUUCCUCCAUAUCCUCCACAAGAAGCUAACAGGAGUAUCACAUCCUUGUCUGUAGCUGACACUGUUUCUUCUUCAACCACAAGUUACACCGCAGCUAAGCCAGUGGCCCCUUCAUUUGGCAUCCUUUCAAGUCUGCCGUUACCGGUUCCCACUACUGAAUCUUCAGCAUCGGUUAACCAAAAUGGUUUUGGUUAUAAGAUGCCGGAUAUUCCUGAUGCGUUUCCAGAACUUUCAGAACUGAGUGUGUCACAGCUCACAGAUAUGAAUGAACAGGAGGAGGUAUUACUAGAACAGUUUCUGAUGUUGCCUCAACUAAAACAAAUUAUUACUGACAAGGAAGACUUAGUAAAAAAUAUCGAGGAAUUAGCAAGAAGAAAUCUCCUUUUGGAGCACAGCUUGGAAGGCAAAAGGCAAACCGUUUUAGAUAAGUAUGAAUUACUUCUACAAAUGAAAUCUACCUUUGAAAAGAAGAUGCAAAGGCAACAUGAACUCAGUGAGAGUUGUAGUGCAAGUGCUCUACAGGCAAGAUUGAAAGUAGCUGCACACGAAGCUGAGGAAGAGUCUGAUAAUAUUGCUGAAGAUUUCUUGGAGGGAAAAACUGAAAUAGAUGAUUUUCUCAAUAGCUUCAAGGAAAAGAGAACAAUUUGCCACUGUAGAAGAGCUAAAGAAGAGAAGCUUCACCAGGUGAUAGCGAUGCACAGCCAAUUUCAUGCUCCUCUCUAGAUUUUCCUGAAACCAUGAACUACCAAGAGAGAAAUGGGACACACGCCUAAGCACAUUGUUUUCUACUUAUAACGUAGGGAUGGGCACAUUAAGCCAUGGCUUUGGUCCAGAUGUGCUGUAGAUUGUCUAUCACCUGAGACUGAUUUUGUACAGAUUAGAAUGACUGCUAUAUUUGACAAAACUUUCUGCACUAUUUGCACUAAAGAUGUUUAUUGUUGACAAAUCCUGUAUUUAAGUUCCUCUGCUAUUUCUGAUUAAACAUCUAUGCAUGUAAUUCUAGCUAAUUUUUAAUAUUUUAAAAAACUACUGAUUUACAUUUUUAGUUUUAACUUGAAGCUGCCUCAUUUAUCAAGAGUGCUUAUUACUUAGAUUCUUUUUCCUGUCAGCCUUUUCUUUUAAAACCUAUUUUCAGCUGUGAAAAUGUCAUCUAGGCCACCCCCUGAUAAACACACACACACACACACACAUCUUUCUUUCCAGAUGAUGAAACUGUCCAGAGCAGUUUGUUUUCAGAUAUUCAGUAUCAGCAAACAGCAGUCCUGCCAAGGUGCCAUCUCAAGGCAGCAACCUGUAACACCUGCAGUAAGUAAGAGUGAAGAAUCUACUUUCCUACAGUUCCACUUUCAGACUAAAGAUACAUUGAGGGAGCGAUACAGGUCAAUGCAUUGGUUUUAUUUUGUUCUGGAACAGGUUGCACUGUGUAGCCCAGUCUAGCCUCAAACUUGUGCUUCUCCUCCCUGAGUACAGGGUUACAGACAGGUGCCAUCAUCUCAUAAAUAGAUAUUUUACUUAUUUUUAAAACUGCCUUUCACUUAAACCAGUACAAUACAGACUUUCAUGCUAACUAAAAUAAAUAAGUAUAUAUGGGUUUUGGUUAAAUGAUACUCCUUUUAUAUUCCAAAUGUAAAAACAAAAAAUUCCUUUUGUUAAGAAAUGGUAAAUCUAGGCAGAAAUAGUAAAAUUUUAAUACUUUGGCUUGACUUUUUAAACAUUUUUUUUCCUAAG